AUGGAUCCGACGCAAACUAACCCUUUUCCCGGAGAAGUGGGGCGGCGUUCCCGGAGUGCCGGCUCGGCCGCCGCCCUGCCCGCUCGCCCUGCCCGCUCGCCCGCCGCAGCGGACCCCCGCGCCCUGCGCCCCCGCCCCGCGGCCCCAGGCUGUGGACUCCGCGCAAAGCUCACCCUAACAAAGCAUCGGGACCACCCUUCCCGCAGGGAUGACAAAAGGCUUAGGCUUUUCCUGGCAGAUCUCGGGCGACUGGCUCCCCCACCCCGUGACCGAGGGCCAGAGGAGGCUGGCUCACCAUGGUUGCUGCUUCGCGGCUGCCGGGAGGAUGGCGGAGGCGAGGAGGAGGAGGUGUUGCUUCUUACAGCGCGACUCUUAGGCGGUCGAUGUAAGAGAACCUGCGGCACAUGGGCGGAUGCAGCUCCUUAUAUACAGCUCGGUCACCAUGGGGAUGGGCCACGGCCUUUUCCUGUUGGUCCAGACCCCUCUGUCUGCCCAGAGAAGCCGCGACAGGAGAGUGCUGAUUGGUGCAAGCGACAUGGUAUGAGCCUUCUGCGAGCAUGGCGUGCACAAGACCUCGAGAAAAUUCAGCUGCGCCGCCAUCUGCUGGACGUUCGGAGAUGCUGCAAGAACCUGCCGGUUGAACGAGGUGUGGUUAGCCGGGCAGACCUGGCAUUUCGCCCAGGAAAUAGCGCCGCGGCAGUGUUCACAUGCAGUCUGCUCAUCCAAAAACAAACGAGCAAGCAAACUUUAAAAAACUACCAAACCGGCCCUGUGCUAGAAAACAGUCUCCGUGUUGAGAAGCACUCAGAUCUGCGUAGACUGGAAUUGGUGGUCUCGGGAAAGCCCAGGGCCACACUGUGGAGAGAGGCGGCAUUCUCUUCAUUACAUACAGCCACGUUCGGCACUGGCUGAAAACCAAAACCUUGUUUUCCAUCACUGCACACGGGGGAGUAUCAGAGACAGGAAUCCCAAUGCCCUUGUUCUCCUGGAUGGACUGAUUUUGCUGAACGGAAAGAAUUUAAAAUAAAGGGAAACAGAAAUAAAAAUCAAGCUGGGAGCUGGGAGGUGUUCAGAUGUAGCCUUGGUGGGGUUUGGUACAAGGGCACCAAGCCCUGCCACCGUUUUCUAGCCUCUUGAGUCAGUUCUGAUUCACUUGAAGAUUUUUCUAUUUAGGAGCUGUGGACCCUUUUCACACGAGGGUCUAAACCUAUUUGCAAACACAUUUAUACUUGUGCUAUCAAAUAAACGUUGUUUAUUUGAAACAAUCUCUUCAAUGUGGCUGCGAUUCUGCUACAACGGAACUCAGAAGCCUCUUGGGGAACUGGGGAGCAGCAGAAAGAAGAUCAGAGGAUGGCUGGCCCAGCCACCUGGGAAAAUCCGGUUCCACUGCAGAAGCUUUAGUAAUGGAAACGCAUUAACAAAACAUAGCUCUGACCUCAAGGAGCUUCGUGGACACUUUUAACAAGACUAGUUUUUGUAUUCUGGAAUGAGCUUUUAGUGGUUUUCCUGGAAGAAAUGAAAUGACUUGACCAAUCGUGUGGCUACUGGAGCCUAGCUGAUUACAACAUCCUUGGGGUCCAUGUCAGGUGACUUCCAUAUCCAGUCAGUGUGUUCUAAGGAUAGCCCACAUUCCUUCAAUAACUCAGCCCUCGAGAGGGAGACAAUCUGGUCUUACUGCUAGAAGCCAUAGCCCUCUCCAGGGUGCUCGGAGAAGAUACUCUGGCAACUAAAACAACAGUGAGAAAUAAAUAAAGUACCCUAUAGCAAGUCAGAAAAUGAGAAAA